AUGUGAGUAUUUAUCGAUGAAACAAUUGUGAGACGUGUAAUUUUUUUGGUAAUAUUUUGGUAAUAAACAAAAUGAGGUAUCGAUAGGAAUCUAGACGAUGCAAUUUGUAUAAACGUUUUAUAAUAUAACACCAAAAUAUAUUUUUGUUUGUUCUAUGUUUUAAGUUACCAAUGAUCAUCUGUGCUUUGCGCAAUUACUGGUGUUACAAGUGCUAUUUUUAAUAAUAAAUCACAUGAUAAUGAUAUUCGGCAGUAAAGUUAACUGGGUUUAUUUUUCUUUUGUGUGCUGAUAACCAGAAUGACCUCUGUAAAGAUAAAUACCCCCAUGAAGACGACGAUGUUUAUAUAAACUGCAAAGAGAGGAAUGCUGAGACCUACAAAGGACUGCUUAGCUCUCAGAAUUCGUAUCAAUUCUCUACAUCAAACUUGGAAGUGGUUACAUCAAACUAUUGCUCUUCACGACUACCUCAUUGCAUUGACGUCGUCCUCUAAAAACGUCUCUUACUGUUCCUUCCUAACACAUUAAACUAGUUUUUGAAGGCACAACAUCUGUAAAAUUAAUACUGUUUGAAAAACUAGUUUCCACAAUGCCAUUAAUGCAAAGAUUCUCUCCAAGACUUACGACCAUCAUAAACCGCAUUAACAAUAAAUCCUAUUCUACCUCUAAUGAUCAGAAGAUUAAAAAAUCCGUGUUUAUCUCGCAAUCAAAAGAUGUUUAUACCAAUUUAGCACUAGAAGAUUGGAUGUACCGAAACUUUGACUUCAAAAACCAUCAUGUUUUAAUGUUGUGGCAGAAUAACCCUUGUGUUGUUAUUGGAAGACAUCAAAAUCCCUGGCUUGAAGCAAAUGUAACUGAACUACCCUAUAUUAGUGAACAGGGCGUUCAACUUGCUAGAAGAAAUAGUGGAGGAGGUACUGUAUACCAUGACAAAGGUAAUUUAAAUCUCACAUUUUUUACACCCAGAGAGCAUUAUGACAGAAAGUAUAAUCUGCAAAUCAUCUCCAGAAGCUUGUUUAGAGAAUACAACAUGAAAGUGGAUAUUUCUCCCAGGGAGGAUCUAACCAUAAGGAAUUUUAAAGUUUCUGGAACAGCGGCGAAAUUGGGCAGAACUACAGCCUACCACCAUUGCACCCUUUUAGUCAAUGUCAACAAAGUGGAUUUACAUAUGGCUUUACAAAAACCGGAAGCUGAUAUUAAGACCAAUGCAACAAAGUCUAUUAAAUCAAAGAUAAUGAAUUUGUGUGAAGAAAAUCCACAUGUUGAAAUAAAUAAUUUGAUGAAAGCUGUUGGAUGGGAAUAUAUGCGAAUGCAUCCUUUAAAACUCGUCGAUGGAGGAAUGGAGUUGGCUAACAAUCAAAAUGGUUUUCAGUUGGUUAAUCCUACGGACGGGUGGUUCCCAGGUUUAACAGAAAUUCGAAACCAGUUAGUCAGCUGGGAAUGGCAUUAUGGUAAAACCCCCAAAUUCAACAUAACCAAGUCUUUCAAGAUUCCAGAUUCUUUAGUGGAAGGUUACGGAAUCAGUGAGGAUCUUAGAGUUACCAUGGUUGUGGAAAACGGUAAAAUAAAUGAUAUCAGUCUUUAUGUACCACCGGGUAUUUCUAGCCAAGGUUUCUCUGGCAAUGUUAAUGUCAUUACUAGUCUAAUAGGUCAUAAAUUUUCUGAAGACACUCUCGGUAGUCUUGAAAUGAUGAUCAGUGGGUUAGUAAAUGAAAAAGACAGAUUUGUUUCUGAGUGUUUGAAGCAAGUGAUGACGUCUGUCUGAUAUAGAUCCGACAGGACAACUUGAAACUAAUAGUGUUGAGUUUCAAUUUUUCCUGUCUGCACCAAAAGAACUUACCAAAAUUAGUGUAUAUUUUUUCUGAUAGUUCUAUUUUUAUAAUGUCAAAAAAUUAAGUGACAGUUAUUAUCUAUUCGACCAAUAACAUGUUAAUGGAUUAACAAGUGAAGAACGCCCACAUUAUGUCUACACAACGUCGAAGGGUUGAGUAAAUUUCCAUUUUAUAGAAAAAUUGAAUAGUAAAACAGAAGUAGAGAAAAGGGGAAAAAUCUUUAUAAAUGAAAAGUGUCCGUCGAAAAGGGUUGAUGCACAUUGGAUCAGGGCGAAUUAUUUUAGGUUAAUUUACUUCAUUAUUUUGUACAACGCAAGUUGUUGAAAUUUUUCAACUCUGAGAGUGAAGUUUUGGGACUAUACAAUUUAUCCCAAAAUAUUCUUGAAAUCGGUUUUUAAUUAAUAAGAUGCCAAAUUAGUUUUGAAUACAUAAAAAACGACCGGUAACUAAUCUCCACUCCAAUCCAGUUUACCAAGAUUUCAGAGAGAUUCGUUAACCAUUUUUCUUUUGUUUAAUACAAAAUCAUUGAAAACCGGGGAAAAUUAACACUUGCACGUCUGAAUAGGGCUAAGAAAUCUACUGACUUUGUUUCGUUUAAAAAAUGUUCCUACUCGUUCGAAUGUCAAAAGUAAAGUUAAUCUCUAAUGAAUCGCGAACAUAAAAACUUGUUGUUUUGGUUGUCUACCUUGUAGGAAAAUGAUUGAAUUUUAUAUAUUUAAUAGAAAUCCAAAGAAGCACACUUCAAUUCAUCUUCAAUAGCUACAUAUCCUUUUUUUAUACCAAUGCCUGUUUGGAAGAUUUUAGAACUGUUAUUUAACGUAUACAGGCGGACACUUUCUCAACUUUUUUCUAAUACUUCUUACCUUUAUCCUCCAAAUGUACAGCAUAUUCAGUACUCAAACGAAUUGUCAAAAUCAGCGGAUGUUCAUUUAAAAAUGGCCACCGUGGGUAGGAUUUUAGACACUAUUCCUAGUUUUAUUGCAAAAUGGCUUUUUAAAGAAGUUGAAAUUACAUCUCGGAAACGUGGCUUAGUUUUUUUUUCGACUAUACUCUUUUCAUCUAAUAAAAAAGGGAUUAACUCCAUUUGAAGCUUCAAGUUUGUCCUUUUACCCCGCAGCUGUCAUAGGGUUAACACUCAUAACAUUGGAAAUUUUCAAAGAAAGAGAUUGAGCUCGUAUUCUUUGGGUAAUAAAAAUCGAUAUAUGAAAGUAUCGAUGUUUCACAGAUAAUAAUCGAUGUUUCUAAUCUUUUAUUAUAAAUAUUUGAUAUUUAUUUCUGAGUAUCGAAUUUAUUACAAGCUUUCAAGAGCUCUUUCCCAUCAAUUGUGUCAAGUUUUAUUCUGUAGUUGUGGCACGUUAACAUCUAUUCUAUAGAUAUUUUUAUUAAAUAUCCGUAGAAUAAUGUAUUCCAAGUAGAAAUGAUGUUUCAUCUCUCAUUUUCAUUAGUAAACAAUAUAAAUAUGAUUCUAGGACAAUAAUAUAUAUUGGAAUAUCUAUUUUUACCCGGUAUUUUCCGAUUUUUCCUUUCAUAUUGUGUGAUAUGUAAGUAGAAUUGUACUAAUAAAAUAAAGAAAAAGAACAUCGGUUUACCAUUAACUAUCUCUCUCUAUUAAACCAAAAUUUUUUGUCGCUCCCACCAUUCUAAACUACUCCGUGAUUCAAUCAGAAUGGAUAUAGAUUUAGAGUAAUAUAUUCAUAUAUGUAUUACUUGUAUAUGGACAGUUUCUAUAAGUGGAAACUGCUUCGACUAAGAAAGACAGAAUGAUAACGUUUUCUCUACCCUCCAGUUCGAUUCUGCGCGUUCUCAAUCAUGCGCUACCUGAACGAGAGAGAAAAUUUUAAUAUUUUAAUAGUGGGACAUUUCUUCUCGUUUAUAGAAGUAUUGAUAUAUGAAUAUACCCUUAUCAGCACUUGAACACGUACCCUUAUCUCUAUCUUUAAUAUGAACUCUAUGGUGUUAUUGAAUUAAAUAAGUAGGGGCAAUUUGUGUAGGAAUAUUGUUGACGAUCUUUGAGUUGAUCAAUGUUUUUUUUUAAUAUGUUUAUGUAUAUUGCUGUUAUUAGUUUCACAUAUUUAUGUAGAUUAAUGUCAAGUUUAAGGAAUGCUCCGUAUAACCGGUGAACAAGAAUUAAUCAUAUCAUUCAUUUGUUAGUGUAGUUUAUACAGUAGUAUUUGAUUUGAUUGUACCACAUUCGGGAUAUUAUCAGGUAUCUGAAUAUUUCAUAUCCUGCCUAUAUCUUGGAUGUGUAUUAUUAUAAUUAAUCAUUUUUUUUUAUUUUUGUAAUUUCUGGCUGUAUUAAUUUGGAGCUGUUGUGCCUUAAUCAUUUAUAUAUUAUAAUAUUUUAUUGGUGAAUAAAUUUAUUUCAAAUGUUA